UAUUCGAUAAAUUUACCGAAACGGUGUUUGUAUAGAUUUCUCCCACAAGAUGUGUCACUGUCAAAUUUAGAAAAAAAUAAAAAUUGAGAGAAUUUACAGAUGUAGACGUUCAAGACACAAGUGAGGAAAGAUGAGUGCCCUGUCAAUUUUGGCAGAAGAGUGUGAGCUGUUGAAUGACAGCAAGUAUCGUUCCUAUAUUACACAGAUUGAGAAGGCUCUGAAGAGUUUCGAUUCUACCAGUGAAUGGGCAGACCUUAUUUCUGCCCUUGGAAAAUUGAACAAAGUCCUUCUAGCGCAUGUAAAAUAUUCAGUCAUUCCAAAGAGAGUAACAAUUGGAAAGAGGUUAGCACAAUGUCUACACCCUGCUCUACCAAGUGGUGUUCACAUGAAAGCAUUGGAAACCUAUGAUAUCAUCUUCAAAUGCAUCGGUACAGAGCGGCUGGCACAGGAUCUGUUUAUAUAUAGUGCAGGGUUAUUCCCCUUGUUGACACAUGCUGCCAUGAAUGUUAAACCUGUGCUUCUGAUGAUUUAUGAGAAACAUUUUGUGAAUCUAAGACAGAGGAUUAAACCCGGCCUCAAUGGACUGCUGUUGGGGCUUCUACCCGGCUUGGAGGAAGGAUCAGAGUUCUAUGAUCGGACAAAUGCAUUAUUGGAAGACUUUGCUGAAGGUACAGAGUUGUCGUAUUUCUACACAUGUUUGUGGGAGUGUAUACACAGUUGUCCGUCUGUACGUCUUCCUGCUACAAUAUAUCUUCUUACACACUUCAACAGAAAACAGACUAUGGAGGAUCAACUACACAUGAUUGGUCUAAAUAUCAACCUUAUGAUAGAGGCAAUAUGCAGUGCUGUGCAGGAUACCAGUGUGUUAGUGCAGAGAAGUAUGCUUGACUUUCUACUGCUGGCUUUCCCAUUACACAACAGUCAGCUUACACAUUCUGACAUGGCAAAGGUCGUUAAAUAUGCCAUCAAUGUGUUGUUACGCAGGGAUAUGUCUCUAAACAGGAGAUUCUAUGCCUGGCUUUUAGGGACAAGCACAACAUCAGUUUCUGCACAUGCAGAAAAUUCAGAAGUAACAGAAUUGUCUUACUUUGAGAAAUAUUCACAGGACUUGUUAAUUCAGGCCCUGAAGUUUAAACUAACUGAGAAACAGGAUGGCGAAAGUACAGGGAGCUCAAGCGUAAAGUCAGCUGUGCUACGUCCUUUCCGUAUUUUGAUAAGUUUGCUUGAUAAACCAGAAAUUGGUCCAGUUAUUUUAGAAAGCGUACUGUUGUCGAUAUUCAGAUGUCUUCACAGAGAAUUUGAGCUAUCCAAAUCAAAGUUGCCAACUCAGUCGAGCAAGAAAACCAAAGGUGAGACAAAUGCUUAUGACGAAUUGUUGAAGACUGCCAACCUACUGUUUGGUACAUUUGAGCCAUAUUUUAUUUGGGACUAUGCAGCUAGGAUGUUUGAUCUGUCCUGUUCUAACAGUGGAAAGAAAUCGCUGAGGCGUCAGAGUUCAUCAGUAUCGAGGCACAGUGUAACACAUGAAGAAUCUGUCAGUGUUGGAGAACUUAGUCAGCUUAUCGCCUUCCUGUUGGAGAUAGUGUCUUUGGAGACAUUCAGUGAGACCCAGACUGAACAUUUGCCCAAUCUGCUUUGCAGUAUAAUAACCAGUCUAACAGAAUACUGUGACAAGUUGUCUGACAGUGAUGUGAUAACCAGUCUACAACUGUGUACCAAGAUCCUAUCCAAGGUUCAGCCAACCAUGACAACAUCAGGGUCACAUGACCUGUCAUGUGAUGAGUCACAUGAUGUUGUAGAAAAGGUGGAGGUCAACAUCAGUGGGGAAGUUUCUUCCCAAAAGGCUGAAGCUGUUAAACCAUUGUCUGUGGAAGAAGCUAUGGAAAUAAACAGAAAUCUAAAAAAAGCAGAGUCAGAAAAAGAUUCAAAUAACAUAAAUGGUAAAGAAAUAGUUCUAGAUUCACCAGACAGUGAUAAAAGUUCUGGCCUACAGGCUGGUAUUCCUAAGAACAGAAAACAUGAUCAUAAUACAAAGAAAAAUGAAGAACCAGUCAGAAAUAGUGAGACUUGUUCAAGUUCACAUGCAACUGGAUUUCAGUCUAGAAAACAUUCCAAACAAAACCAGUCUCAAAACUUAAUGCAAAAAUGCACAGACUGCUUUCAGCAUUUUUUUCAUGAGCUUGUGACCAAGAAAUUCCUGAAAGAUGAAAACUUGGCUGAAACUUGCUUUGGGAGCAUUGUAACCAGUCAAACUGGUUAUAAGAAUUACGAUUCUGCAGAAGAAGACAUCUUUAACAGCUGUGAUAACAAUGACAAUUCUGUUUGUGAUAGAAAAAUCAUUUUUGAAAAUGAAAAUGAGGAAAGUUUAACAACAUUUUCUACUGCAUGUCAACUUCUGGUAGAGUUUGCUAGUUUUCCUAUGUAUGGUGUGGACGUGAGGUUGACAGAGAAACAUGUAUCAAAAGCAGAACAUUCCACUGUUCCACUAUGGGUUCAGGACCUAGUCACCUGCUGUUGCUUUGUUCACAACUUCUAUAUGCAGAGUUCAGCUGUCUCCACCAUGUUAGAUCUGAUUAUCCUGACACAAUCUGUUCAGGUUGAAGACAGACCUGACAGUACAGGGAACCAUACUGGCUCAGAUCACAUGACCCUUCAGAUAUUACCCACAUUGCACUGGGAGGAUCUCAAGUUCCUGUCUGAACAUACACACUUCUUUAAGAUAUCAGCUGAGAUUCUGUGGAGUUUUCUAGAUGAAAGGAUGCCACAGUAUCAUCAGACUACAGUGAAACUGUUCUACAUGUUACACCAGGCGGCACCGUCUAGCUGGAUCUGUGAAAACGUGAUUGGCAACCAACUCAUUCAUGACACUCAGAGUGUACAAACAGAUGCCUACAAGAAGUUUUCUGUGUUAUGGCACCUUACACGGAACAAGAAAACAGACGUCAUUCCUGGCAAACCUCUCCGCACGUUCAACAGGUCUAUGUUCGUGAUACUGGACAGUUUAAAAGAUGAGACAAGUCCACUGAAGGUUAUAGCGAGUACCUGGCUGACACAUGUCAUACAACAGGGGGAUAUCAACAGAGUUAUGGAACCUCUUCUACAAAUGUUGCUACAUCCAGACACUGCAAGAGUAUCAGUUCAGCAUGUGAAUGUCCACCAGCCGAGGAAAGUUUGUCUGUCCGAGAGCAGUGAGGAAAACCUUGAAGCAAACAUCUACGCCAUCAGCAGUGAAGGAGGAAACGUCAUAUAUCAUGUCAGCUCGACGAAGGAAGCACCAAAGAAACAGUUCACUGAUGAGCUCAAGUCGUACGCCCUAACCGUGCUCGGUGAAAAAGGUGCUCACACUGCUCCAGUAAGGUCAAGGUCAGAACAGGAACUACAUUUUGAUAAAGUAGAUCCGUCAAAUGUUAGUUUGAGGAUUAAUCCAUUUGGAUCAGAGAAUUCUCUGGAUGCUUUAACAUUAGACUUAGGUCUGUCACCGUCCUUGAAAGAUAACACAGUAAACAAGGCCAAAAGGUUGGACAGAAAAACUUGUGUGAAGGAGGGAAUUUCAUUCUCAGGAACUGAAGAGUCUCAGAAAGGGGAGACAACUGGAGAUGAUACUGAUGGAAAUGAGUCUGUCUCAGAUUCUGCAGAAAAUAUUGCCAUGAAUAUAAUAGAUGAAAUAGUGCAGAAUGUUACAAGAGGUAAUGAGUUGAGUAGUGUGUCAGGUAGCACAGAGAGCGUCAAGGAUGCUGUUAAGCCUCAAAGAAAGAAAAUGCCUGAAAGAACUGAUAGUAUAAACUCCUUUACAGCUGCAGAUGAGCUGUUGAAUUCCGUUCAAAGGCAGAGGGUAGAUUCACCUACACCUAGUGAAAAAGACAUAGCAAUGUUUCAAGAAGUUGAUAAAGAUUCGACCAACAUACAUACACUCCAUAUGCAUAUGUUACUUUACAUACAGAAGUAUGACUACCAAAGAACACUUUAUGCUCUCUCUACACUCAAAGCAAUGCUUGUUGCUUGUCCACGACCCAUGGUUACAGCUCUGGUUACAACCAACAUCAGCACGUUACGAUCGACCCAGCUAGCCAAGCUUCAGCUGCUUCUUGCUCGACAUCGUAAAUCAGUUUUUGGGAAAAAUUUCUUCGGUGAAAUUCCGGCAGAUGUGAUGUCAAAUUACAGGAGCAGCAUGUUUAUCGAGAUUUUGAUCUCAGUUUGUUUAUAUUUUGUGAGAGGGUAUUACCCCAACCUCAUGAUGAGUAAAAUGUCUUGUGAAGAGCUGUUGGGCAAUAAACAAGUGCACAUUUUAGCCACAGAGACCUUGACCAUGAUGAUGUCAGAAAUUGUAAGCCUGAUGAGGGAUUCUGGGAAAAACUUUGUUUCCUACAUUAGUGAUUUGUUUCAAAGAUGUAAAGUGCAAAAGGCUCUGUUACACUGUAUUCUUGCUGAAAUUUAUAAUGGCAGGCGAAAACUGGACAAAGAUCAGUUCGGUCAAAAAAUAACUGAGGCAAUCAUAGCAUUUAACGAAGACGGAAUAGAUUCAUCUGCAAAUGAGGCAUUCCAGAUAAAACUUUUAGAUCUGCUUCUAGUGAUGAUAAUGCUUGAAGAACAAAUUAGAAAGUUUCAGUCAGUACCUGAAACUACCCUUGCUUCAGAAUGGGACAGGCUGAAAGUAAAUUAUCAGCCAUCCUUGAAGAAUGUUAGAUACAAUAUGGGUCAUCCCAUUGUUCAGCAAGGGAUGUUUGUCUCAGGAGUACUCAGUGCAUUGAAACAAACACACACAAGUCAUAUGCACCGUCACUGGGUUACCAUGGUUACAUCGGCAUUGCCAUAUAUGGGAAAAUACCUGCCAGGGAUUGUUAUGACAGUUGUAUCUCAGUUGUGUAGAAAUAUAGAAGCAUUAGCAGCUCACUAUGAAUCUGAUGGAAAAUCGAGUUCUUCCCGGCUUGAGAAGAUUCCGCCCGACCAUGUGUUGACCAUGUUAAGUGGCCUGAUGACACUAUGUCACUACUGUCUCCUUGACAACAUGUCACCCGUCUCUAUAGGCCAGCAAGCACCUAGCAACACAGACACCAGCUCAUCAACAACAUCAGUCAACACAAAUAUUCUCACCAACUUGUUCCAUGUGUUCAAUCCUGUUGGCAGUAAAGAGGCGAGUCCACAGAGAGAUCUGGGUGCAAUGUCACCAGUACUGGAAGCUCGUAACAGUAUUCUCAGUGUGAUGCCUAGAAUAAUAGCAUGUAUGGCGGCACUAUGGAGAGCAAUAAACAUUGUAGAGAAACAAGAGGAAUCUCCAUUUCUCACUAUGGGAUCUCCGAAGGUUGUUAGGCAGUAUAUUCUGGAAUUUAUCAGCCCCAUAUCUCUGCCCCAUGGUCUACACCUGCUUGGGGCUAUAGCUGUGGCUUGGAAUGACAGAAGAAAGAAAUUACCAGUGAAAAAUAGCAGAAAGGUGUUGCCUACCCCGUGUGAGGACCAGUUACUACUUGUGGACUUGGUUGGAGCUAUAAAAGUGUUUCCAACAGAUACCCUGGUACAGACAGUGAAAGAAGUGCUCAGUAAUCCACCAUCUAGUGAACUAAGUAGGACUAAGAAAGGUGUACCAUUAGAAGUGAACAUGCUGCAGUUUUUCUAUGCCUAUGUACAGAGAACGUCAGCAAAUCAGCUUGUAGACUCAUGGUCAUCUCUGUCCACUCUGCUCAAGGAAUCACUACAGCUGAAUCUGGUAGCUCCAGGGCAGUUCCUGCUUCUGCUCAUACUGAAUGAAUUUGUUCAAAAGACACCAUCUAUGGUGGACAAGAAAAAGCGUGAAAUUCAGGAAAUUGCACAGAAAUUACUGGAAGCAGUCUCUAAUAUAGCUGGUUCCAGUCUAGAGCAGACAACAUGGCUGAGGAAAAACUAUGCAGUAAAACCUGGGCCACAGUCUGAUGAACCUGAAGAAGGGAACCAGCCUGAUGAUGAGUCUGUGGUAAUGGAGAAAAGAGUUGUUGAGCUGGAACCAACAUCAGUGAACUCUGCAGACAGUAAAUAUAGUGUACAGGCCCUGGCUGCCUUAGCUGAGAUAACUGCACCAUUGCUAGAUGUGAUCUACACAAGUGACGAGAAAGACAAAGUUCCUCCGUUCCUUACCACCCUGCUCUACAAUAUAUUCCCAUACCUCAAAAGUCACACUACAAACAAUUUACCAAGCCUCAGAGUGGCCUCUCAGUUUCUGUCAUCAAUCAGUAGCUACCAGUAUACUAGGAAAGCUUGGAGGAGAGAGGCCCUGGACCUGCUGCUGGAUAACAGCUUCUUUCAGAUGGACAUGGAGAGUAUAGGAUACUGGGUCACCAUUGUUGAUAAUCUCAUGACUCAUGAUAAAACCACAUACAAAGAUCUCAUGGCCCGUGUAUCUAUGACUCAGACUGGUUCUCUGAACCUGUUCAGCAAUAAGGAACAAGAGAUAGAUCAGAAGGCCGGCAUGUUGAAGAGACUGGCAUUCACUGUGUUCUGUAGUGAGGCAGACCAGUACCAGAAAUCUAUACCUGAAAUACAAGAAAAGCUUGCUGAGAGUUUACGUAUACCACAGGCACCUUCUGUAAUGGCUCAAGUGUUUCUUUGUUUCCGUGUGCUCAUGUUAAGGGUCUCACCACAACAUCUGACUUCCAUGUGGCCUACAAUCAUUACAGAACUGAUCCAUGUGUUUCUACAAAUAGAACAAGAACUGUCAACAGAAACGGAAGAAUUUGUCCGCUCUAUGCCUGCAAGUACAAGGACACAAGUUCAACGUAUUGCUGCCCUGGAUUCGAGCUGGGCACACCUAGGUAAUGGGUUGAAUGCACACAACAAUCCAUCCUGGAUGCAGUUGUACCUCAGUGCCUGUAAACUACUAGACAUGUGUCUAGCUUUACCUGCUGAUACUGUUCCACAGUUUCAGUUGUAUCGCUGGGCAUUUAUUGGUGGAGCUGCAGCUGGAGAAGGUGAUGAUGAUAUAGGAGAGGAGGAUAGAAAGAAGAAGAAAGAUACGAGAGGAAAACAGAAACAGUUUAAACCUCAUAUAAUAAGACUGGCAAAACUUCUAAAUACCAAACUUAAAGGAGAUAUUCCUAUGAUGAAAAUGGUACCUGGCAGACCUUUGCUUAUGUUUACGCACUUGAGAUCUCUGCAAGAGUUACAGCCCUUCUUUAAUACCUUGUGUCUGGCUAAUCAGACUGAUAACUUACUGUUGGCUGCAAGGCAGCUGGGAGCCAGUGGUUCAGGUAACCAGUCUAAUGCUUUAACCAAUGGACAUGCUGGAAUGAAAACUUCCCUCCAGUUAGAAUCGAAGGAUUUGAUUGGUCGAGGGAUGCCAAAAUCAAAAUCCACUCCAACUUUUCCAGUUAGUCAAAGUCCAAAGUCAGAAACAGCUUUAACAGACAACAAGUCUAGUCAGCAGUUUAUCGAAGAAGUUCUGAUGCGAGAUUUCUUGGAACCAAUGACAUGAAAAUGGAAAAGAGCCAAAAUUUGUACAGUGUUGUUUACAGAAAACUCCUGUGGCCAAGUCCAGAAAGCUUUUUUGUCUCCAGCUCCUAUGCAUUUAAUUUUAACCCAUGUAGUCUUUCAUUGCUAGGACAGAUUUUUCAGACCAAAAAAACCCAAACUUUAAGUACAUACAGUGGACCAAUAUUUAAUGUGUAAAAAACUGGCUUGUAUUUUACAAAAAGACAUAAACUGACAAAAAGUAAUAAUUAUUGCACUGGGUAAGAAAUUCAUGAUCCUGUAAACAAUUAUUUCUUUGUUCUACAGAAGUCAUAGUUAUAUUUGACAGGGAUUAAAACUAAAAAUAAGCAGAGAUAUAAAAAGAAAGGGUCAUUAUAUAUUAGCUGAAUUUGUGAUGUACCCAAUCUUGUAGACUUCAGGGGGAAUUACACUUUGCACACCUUGUGUGAUCCAAGCAUGGCAAAAUCCUUGAGCUGAAUAAAACAUAGAUCAAGCUGUUAUGAUCUCACCCAAUAGUUACCUAUCUAAAAACUAUGUUUAAUACUGUAUGAAAUACAAGUGUCAAGUUUUAUAACUGAUGAAGUUUAGUCAGGCAGUGUAUUUUUGAUUUACCGGUAUAAAAUUAUGUCUUGAUGAUUUCAAUGCAUGUGUGAGACAGUUGUAUGUUAAUGUAUUAUUGAAUUUUUUGUCUUGAAAUUUGUAGUAUUGUUAACAAGUUGUACUAUAAAGGUAAAGCCUUUUAUUGAAUGAUUUAAGUUUAGACUUUGCAAAUUUCUGAGAAAAAGAAUGUAAUAAGGGGUUUAGGAGAAAAAUUAUCUUUGUUAUGCACAUUAUAGUCAUAUUCUGUUCAAGGCAGUUUGGGCAAACUUUUUUAAAGUUUUAUUUUACGUACCGGGUAUUUGUUUCAUUUAUUGAAGAUACCCCUAUCUCUCUUUCUGUAAGAAAAGUCUUUUUUGUCAAAAUAAUGUGUAUAUAAUAUUUGCAUGUUACCAAGUCUUUAACGUUUAGCCUGCUGGUGGCAAAUAAUUCUGCUUUUGCGACCAAUGCAGACCAAGAUGAGCCAGUAUGUCUGUGGCUACUCAGUAAAUUUUCAGUGAACACCCCUUUGAAUAAUAAGUGGCAUAGCCCUAAUUGAAAGAUGGACCAGUCCAUUUCAGAAAUUUAGCAGGGUAAAGUUUAAUCAUUAAUGGUUUGUUGCCAUGCUGUGAAUGUUAUAUGACUUGUAGUAUGGCCUAUUUUCAUGUGGUCACUACUUUCUUUAAUGUAACAGACAGCAUUUACUUGUCAGUAUAUGCAGAGAUGUAUGGAGAUGUGGAAGAAAAAUUUGCGUAGUUUAUAUGCAAAUGGAAUUUCAGAACAGGGAUUUAAAUCUUCUACCUACAGUUUUGUUUUCACCUUUUUCACUUGUUUUAUUAUAAAAUGAUUAGCUGAAUGUUGCAUAUUUUUGAAGUUUAAAAUUUCUGAAACACUAAAGUCAUCAGACAAUGGCAACCAUUGAAAUAGCAAAUGUGUGAAUGCGAGUUACAGCACACAAUUUCCAUUGGUAAUAUGCAGUAAAAUGCACUUCUCUCAUAGGACCAUGUGAUGUAUGUUAUCAUUUACAGUCAGUGCAGCAUUUUGAUCUUAGGUGUAAUGCCAUACAUUAUUGUUAUCACAUAGAUUGAAUGUUUUUUUCAUUGUGAAUGCAGGACCAAUGUAUCAAGUGAUGCUUAUAUGUGAAUGAAUUUCUAUGCUUUCCUGGGAUUUGUUUCACGCAAACAGAUUUGACUCAAACUGUCCUGUAUAGGUCUUAUAUCAAGCAUCAUAGGGCCCCUGGAUAACUUUCCGCUAGUCAGCUGUAUGGUUUCCACAUGGGUGAAUAAAAAGCAUCAAGGAUGGAUGUUUUAUCAGUUAUAGUGUCCUAAAAGAAAUCAAAAUGAUAGCUGCACCAUUGCUUGUAUUUGCAUGAAAUUGAUUCUAUAAUUAUCCAUGCCUUAUACAUUAAGAUGGACAGUAAAGCUGCAUUUGGUUUGAACCAUAAUUAAAAUCACAUAUUUAGUGAGGAUUGUUAAUGUAUGAACUAUAUAAUUGGUUAUAACAUACCAUAGUAAAAACUGUUUGAAAUGUUUUGUUUCAUAAGCUUACUGAAUGUGUUUUGUUUGUCCUAGUAUUUCAAUAAUGUUCAUUCUUUGGAGAAAUCCUGUCAAUGAGCUUUAGGUCAGGGAGUGGCAAGGUCUAAAUUGAGCCUGUUUUGAAGUGAUGAGUGUAUUGAAAGAGUUUGGACAAAAUCUACCACCACAUACAAGUAUCACUAUCGGAAGUUGUAAUAAAUUGAAUGGGAGUUUGUCCACCUGUGCGAAAAUGAAAAACAAGGGAUAUUGUCCUGAUGCUGUUCUUUCAAUGUGAUCUGAUAAUUUGUUUUCUCAUUUUUAUUGUCUUCUUUUUUUGAACUACUGAUAAAAUCAUGUCUUUCUAUGUUUAUCAUAAUUGUAAGAUGUAUAUAAAAUGUAUAAUUUUGUUAAAUAUGCUAUUAAACAGACUGUAGUUGAUUGAAAGCAUUGUGAGAUAUUUGUUGCAAAAGAGACAAAACAGGAAUUGAUUUCUUCACUGCAUCACAUUUUAAAUACCACACCUUUUUCCUAAAUAUUGACAGAGAUGUAAAAUUAGGUUUUUAGUGCACUGAUUUGGACUGGGUCUGUAGGUAAGAGGUCUGGCAUUGCAGUAUAUCAAUCUGCUGUUUUCAGAAUAGAACUGUUUAUGUUGAAAUAUUGGUACUUUUUAAACACCUUAAGUUAACAAUAUUUGUAACAACAUUCAAGAAAUAUAUCUCGGUGGAAAAGCAAACAUUCAGCCGUGUAAUUUGAAUUACUCAUUAAAAAGUUAUCAGAGUGCAAAGGUUAACAAAUAUUGUUAAAAAAAUAGAUUAGCUAGCAAUAUUUUGGUUAAAAUAGUGAUUCCAAACACUUGCCAAUCUUUGUUUUUGGGGUAAUUCAUCAUUUUAAGUCUUGUUAAAAUGUGUAAUGAAACAAAUUCAACGAAAAAGAUCAAAGAAAAAAAAUAAUUAGGUAAUUGAAUUUUCAUUGCUUAAUUUGGCCAAAAUUUUAUGCUUAUGAUAAACAGGUUCAUCUAGAUAUUUCUUACAAAAUUGUAAAAUACCAUUCUCAGCAUUUUACAUUUUAACCUGUAAGAACAGAAGUGUAAGGCAAGACAGGAAAAUUUUGAUUCUGUUUUUUGCCAAACCUGUUAUCUGUAGUCCUAGAAUUGGAGCACUGUUUCCUAGACUAUUUAUAUUUCUUAUACAUAGCUAAUUUGGUCUCUGAAAGAUAUAUUAGUGACAUCACCUUCAGUGGAAAAACUGGUAAAUUGUAUGUGGGUCAGUGCAUUCAGGUUACCUACCAGCAUACAAAAUUAACAGAAUAUUAUUAUCAAUGAUCAAAUCAUGUCUACGUGUAUGUUUUUAUUUACAGUAAAAGUUAUGCUAGUUAGUUUUCAGUGCCAUAAGCAAAAUGAAACUGCAGGACCAAUUUUGAAGCUAUUUUUGUUGAGUACUAGAUUUUCAUCUGAUUUAUAUUUAAUGCAUAAAUUCUCUAAUUUUUUUUCCUCAUAGAAUAUGUGGUAUUUUAAAUUCUUUAAUCAAACUCUGUUAUGAAACAUUUUUAAUGAAAUGGCAGUUUGUAACAUGAUCAUAUAGAUGCAGUUAUGUCAUUUCACUAUACCAGAAUGCACAAUAUUUUCAGGUCUAUAAUCACAGACCAAUACAGAAUUUUUUCUUGAAAUGUGACUAGUCCAAUACAGCCUUUUAUUUAUCUAGGUGCGAAAUUCUAUGUAGCGCCUAAAUUGUCGGUAAGAAUGCUAAACCUUGGUUAGAGUUAAAAGGCAAGUGGAAGUAUUUCUAUUGGCAUAAUUCAAUUUCAGACAUUUAAAAAUGAUCAUGUACUCAAAUUGACGAGCUGUGUUUUUGUUUUCUGUCAUAUUCGCUCCUAUAAACCUAUGACAGAACCGGAAUCUAUUAUGAAAACUUCUUUCUUAACAUUACCAGAAUACUACUUUGCCUUCUAGAUGGCAAGACAUUUUAUUAAUGAACAAAACUUUGAUUACUUCCUGUAUGUACCAAAGUAUUCUAAAAUUUAGAAAUUCUAGUCUUAAAGAAGAUUCUGUUCAUUAGAUAGCAGUUACUUCUUUAGCAUUAGUUUUAUUUACAUAAAAUAAUUUUAUGUUACUAAGAAAUACCCAUACUUUGUAACAUGGAAAUGUUAUGUAUUUACUAUAUAAAUCUCAUUUUACCCUUCAUAUGGUGCAUACUUUCAUCUAUGCUCACAUUCUUAAAUUAUCUUAAUGUUAAUCUUGGUUCAAGGUUAUAGUUUGGAAACCAGUCUAAAAUCUCUUAGCAUCUGAUUGGUUGAAUCGGAGCACAGUUUAAAAUGGACCAAUGGAAAGGUUUUAUACGCAGACUGGUUUCCAAACUUAACCUUGGACCCUGGUGAUUGGUUGUGUAUAUUACAUAGAUUUAUUUAUUGAUUUAUUAAUGUUUGGAUUCUAUUUUGCUUUAAACAGAUGCGUAUAACAGUACUGUUACUAUUAAUAAAGGAGAACAUAAACUGA